CCAAAGAUUGAGUUCCCAUUUUAUAUAGACCACAUAUAGACCACAUAUAGACCACAUUUGUAGUUUAUUCCAUCACACUUUUAGAAAACGUCACCUGCGCUGUGGAACUGGGAACAUUCGCCUCUGCUGCUCGGAGUGGUCCAGAAACGGGACGUGCAAGGCUACAGGGCGGCUAUUAGGUAGAGCCAAGGAAGAACGCCACACAGCCACACCUGAAAUAGCCCGCUGCUCUCACAGGAGACGCUUGUUUGACUAGCAGCAAUAAGAAGAAGCAACUUCGAGAUUUUUUUUCUUCUUCGUGUGUUCAUUUCUUGUCGCUAGUUACGUGGUUCCUCCCAGGUCGCUGCGAGGUGCAAUCAUUCGCAACUGGACGGUGUCAAAAUCACCUCGUCGCACAGCUGGAAAAAUUAUACGUGAGCAGACUCCGGGUGUAGUGACAGAAGAUGCUUCCUGCGCUGAUCUGUGCCCUGGUCUCUCUGAGCUUGGCCGACAACUUUGACACGGCAUACCCUGAACUGGAGCACUACAGGACCAUCUAUGUACAAGAGAAUGGCCCUCAGCUCUCUGUGGUGACGGAGCAGUCCAAGGUGGUGUCGAGGCGGGGGGGUAAUGCCACCCUGCCCUGUAAGUUCCACAGGGAUGCGUCACUGCCGGCCAACCCCAAACUGAGGAUCAAAUGGACUAAGCUGACCUCAGACUACCUCAAAGAGGUGGAUGUCUUCGUUGCCAUGGGUUUCCACAAGCGGAGCUACGGACGUUUCCACGGGCGCGUCUACCUACAGGCCUCGGCCCCCACGGAUGCGUCGUUGGUCAUCACAGAACUCACACUGGAGGACUAUGGGAGAUAUAAGUGUGAGGUCAUCGACGGGUUGGAAGAUGGAACAGGCGUGGUGUCCCUGGACCUGCAAGGUAUCGUCUACCCAUACUUCCCUCGGCUGGGUCGUUAUAACCUGAACUUCUUUGAUGCCGAGCGGGCGUGUCGCGAGCAGGACUCCAUCGUGGCGUCGUUUGACCAGCUGUACGAGGCGUGGCGCGGGGGUUUAGACUGGUGCAACGCUGGGUGGCUGAGUGACGGAUCCGUCCAGUACCCUAUCACCACCCCCAGGGAGCCCUGUGGGGGCAAGAACACUGUCCCCGGGGUACGCAACUACGGCCUCAGAGACAAGGAGAAGAACAGAUACGACGUGUUCUGUUUCACCUCCAACUACAAAGGGCGGUUCUACUACCUGAUCCACCCCUCCAAGCUUACAUAUGACGAGGCUGUGGUUGCGUGUCAGAAGGACGGAGCUCAGAUUGCCAAGGUGGGCCAGAUGUAUGCCGCCUGGAAGCUAUUGGGCUACGACCGCUGUGACGCCGGCUGGUUGGCUGACGGGAGCGUCCGUUACCCCAUCACCCGCCCCCGUAGGCGCUGCAGCCCAACAGAAGCUGCCGUGAGGUUCAACGGCUACCCCGACAAGAAACACAAGCUGUACGGAGUCUACUGCUUCAAGGGCCACAACUGAGAACCCCAAUACGCUCACACACACACACUCACAUUACACUAGAGAAGCUAAUACAUUUACAGAGAGUAGGAUGGAGAGGGAGACGGGAAGAGGAGUUAAGAGAGAGGGAGGUCCUAUAGGAGAAGUUACUGAUGUAGAAAACGUAAAGAAAACAUUCAAACUGUGAUAUUUUCUUUUUAGAUGCAGUAAAACGAGAGGUGUGAGAGUCAUUUUAGCAAACCAUGUUUUUUUUGUAAUCUGGGACCUGAUAGUGU